GUUCUCCGCUUAUAUUCAUAGUUCAUAUUUUCUCCACACCUGUCGCUGAAGUCGCACAUUCUUCUAACAUAUGAUAAUGAAUAGCCUUAAUAGUGAUGUAUUUAAAUACAUGCGUUUUGGCGAUUUAAUAUGAGAAAUAUGAACGGUGGGAAUAAAGCAGCACAAAAAUUAUUAUUCGUUUGUUCAUCGUUUACUUGCAUUUACUUUCCAGGCAUAUUAAUAUUAUUAAAAAUUAAUGGAACCUUGUACAAUGUUGGCUCGUACAAAUUUAUCCCAAUAUUAUUGAUAUUGAUGUUCGCCGAAGUGAUAAAAUUAAUCUUUUCUUUUUUACAAACAGAACCAGUACUUAUUACCAAGAUAGAAACUAAAACGUCAAAAAGUAAAAGAUCUUGGACAAAAUAUAUAAAGGAAGGUUUUAAAUUUCUUAUCACAAGCAUUAUAUUGUCAAUUAUUUAUUAUUUUCUUAUUGUUAUGUUCGGUGCACCAGUUUUUAAUCAACAUGAGGAAACGACAAUGCUUACAAUAAUAUUAACGUGUUUAACAUUUGUUCCUGCCAGUUUGCAUUUAGGAGUAAAUACAGCGGUCAAUAUUUUAACAGGAAGAGAAACACAAAAAGACAAUAUAUUUAUCAAUGCUGCUAAUAUUGUUAUAAAAACUACACUUUUGGGUACGUGGACUGGUGCUAUUGUAAUUCCAUUAGAUUGGGAUAGACCAUGGCAAGUGUGGCCUAUCCCAUGUGUAACAGGUGCUCUUCUUGGUUAUACAAUUGCACACUUUAUCAUUCUAUUUAAGACUGUACCCACAUUGAAACAAAGUAAAAAUUUUUAAAUUAAACACGUAUGUUAAUCGACUUCAACAAAAUUAUUCAUUAAAUUCGUACCAUUAGAUACUA